AUGGAGGGGUUGCUCUUUAUUGAGCGGGUCCAACCAGCGCUUGUGGCUGCUUCUAUAUCUCCCGGCAAUUUGUUCAUCUUCAUAUUUGAUAUAAAUCCACUUGUCUCUCUUGACGUGGACUUCAUCCUUCACCACUUCCAUCUCAGAAACUAUAUCAGUCUCUUCACUGAGCCUUGUUCAUUCAACUCGUUAAUCUGUGAAGUGGUUAAUCCUAAUUCACCGGAUCAUUCCUGCCUAGAUGCCAGUCUUGCCGUCACGGUAAGGGUUGCAUUGUGCCCUCUACCCGAAGGCUCUUUUCUGGCCUUCCCUUCGAAGACAUCCUCCUCGGACCUCCCGGCCAACCUUUCCCAGUUCGAACUAUUGUUUCAGCUGGUCCAUUCAUUAAUCGUUACAACAUCUCCGUCAUUCAUUCCAAUACACUAA